AUGACUCUUCAAGCUCGUAUAUCUCGGCAGGAUGACCAAAAAGCCCAACGUCGCCAGAAGCGAAUUCAGGUGGCCAGGGCAUGCGAUGGAUGUCGUCUCCGCCGCACCAAAUGUGAUAAUCAAACUCCUUGCUCCAACUGCGUGACAAGAGAGCAGACUUGCAGCAAUAGUGGAGCGCUGAAAGUUUCGACCCUGACCCAAGCUACAGAAGAGAUCGAAUCGCUUAGACGAAGAGUCAGGCAGUUAGAAGAGGAGCUGAAGCAAAGACCCGAUCACAACCCACCGACACCGGCAGGGUCCUCUCCCUCUCUAGCUUUCACUCCUAGAAAUGAUCAUGGAGGCCGGAGUAGAAAUUACUGGCCAGGGACACAGCUUCGACCUGCUCGGGCCUCCAAUGAUACAUGGCUUGGGCCAUCGUCACUCCAAUUCUUCAUUCAACGCCUAGGCGCAUUCCUAACCUUCAAUCUUCAACAAGCACACUCAACACAGCACCUACUUCCCAUUUCAGCUAGCGAUAAUCAAUUGCUCAAUAGACCAACGGUGAGGUCUCAUGCGAAUCCAACCAAACAGCUGAUAUCUCCAACCGGAGAGCCCCCCACAGAAGGUGUUUACCUGAAUCCAAUACAGGAAGAAUACUUUAUCAACCUGUUCUGGCAGACCUUCCACACUGCCCUUUUUCCAAUCGUGGACGAAGCUCAAUUCAAAGAACAUUACCAGUCCCUUUGGACAGGCGGCAAGGAAAGGGCGCCCUCUGCCCUCGUGGACAUCAUCAUUGCCAUGUGCAUGCAAUACGGCAUCUCAGCCUUACCCGCAGACGCACAGGGUCUUCUAGUAGAAGGACAAGACGCCCUUGUCGCUGGUCGAUGGCAUUACUGGCGUGGACAGACCCUGCUCAGCUAUGAACUCGAAAGCCCAUCCCUAUCAACAUUGCAAUGCCAUCUACUCUGCGCCGUAUAUCUAUGCGGUGGCUCAUUCCAUAAUAUGAUGAAUAAUGCUGUCAGUACAGCUGUGUGCACCGCUCAUAUGCUUGGUCUGCACCUAGACCCGCCAUCUGAUAUGUCGCAUCGAGAAUGCGAACUCCGAAAAAGAUUGUGGUGGGCUGUCUAUGUGAUGGAUAGCAAAUCGAACAUGAAACUCGGACGUCCUUUUAUGCUGCGUGACUCUCAUUCCAUGCCGUCUCUACCGAACGAUGGUCUCGAUGCUGCGAGAACAUCUGGAUCUAUGUUCGCUCCUAUCGGUGACAAUGCGACAUGGUUGAGUUUCAACUUGCAUCAAAUCAAACUUUAUAUGAAAGCUCGGGCUGCCUACACUUCCUAUUACGAUCAAGAUCUCCCAUUGUCAACUGGUCAAACUGUCUGGGAUGACCCCAGUAUAUUGGAAGCCAGCGCGGAGAUCCUACCGCUGCAUAUCCAAGGUCUCCAAGAUUGGGUCAACGGUGUGCCCGACGCUUUGAAAUUAAAUCGUCAGAAUAACGGCACUCCUCUUUCCACAGAUGGAACACGUUUGUUGAUCGAGGGGUUCCUACCGCCCUGGCUACAGCGCCAGCGGGUUCUCCUCGAACUUACAUAUCAUCAUCUCAGCGUCAACCUAUAUCGGCCAUUCAUCUCUUUUAGCUCUAGGCCCCAGCCAGGGUCCUUGGCAGAAGAGAUUGCGAUGCGAUGCGCCUCUCACGCAAUCAUGCUGUCGAAAAUCACCCAGCAAAUCCUCGCAGAGACCUCCAUCCUGGACGGAUGGCACGAGGCUUUCCAUUCUCAGUGGAAUGCUGCAAUGUCACUCAUAGGUUUCAUUGUUGUUUAUCCAAACGCCUCAUUCACCACCGAAGCUCGAGCUGCUGUCAAUCUAGCAGUCUCCGUAUUCGAUGAUUUUGGUAUCAAAUUUGAGGUUGCCAAAAAUGCGGCGUGUAUUAUGCGAGAGCUAUGUGUCAAAGUUGACUUCUUGAUGGAUCGCAGCCAGCUUCAGCUUGAUUUUUUGGUGAUGGGUUCGUUUGAUAACUCUACUAAUCAUCCUGGGGGCAUUAUGUCUCAUGGUUUCGCUUCAGGUCCAGACGAUGGGAGAUCAAGCCCGAUCGGACCUGACACUAUUCAUUCUUUCGGGUCGGAGUUCUUUGACAUGGCGGUUGAUAUUGAUUUUUGGAAUGAUCCCGGCACACUUUGGCCGGAGUUUGACAAUUUUGUUUCGCAUCAAGAUCAUUGGAGGCUUGAGGAGAUGGAAGCUGUCUGA